AUGAGCGAGAGAGCAGCGUGGGAGACCGAGCGCGCCGAGCUGCAGCAGCAGGUCCGCGUGCACAAGACCGAGGCCAGCGUCCUCGCCAAGCGCUUCCGCCUCCUUCAGCAGACGCUCCAGGAGCAGCAGGUCGUGCUCGAGAAGUACCAGCGGGCGCUGCGCCGCCUCCAGAAGGCCAAGAAGACGCCGACGACGGAAACGACCGUCCUGAAGCCGGCCAAGGCGACGAUGGCAGCCAAACCGACCGAGACGACAAUGACCAAGCGAACCGGGCCUAGCGCGCCACGCGUAGCCGAGACGAAGAUCCCCAAGACCCUCCGCGCCCAGACGUUUGCCGCGAUCCGGCAAGCCGCGUCUCCAGGCCGCGACGUUCCCUUCAAGCGCAAGCGUACCCGCGAUGAAGACGACUUGACAAUGCUACCUCAACGUGCAAGGCCUUCAGCCAAUAUCUCCACAUCCUCGAGCCAUGGGCCGGGCAAAGCUGCUCCGGUACCGUCACCAUUCGCGGGACCGAGUACCGUGGCCGUGGCACGCCCUGCGUACGAGAACGUGCAACGUCCGGAAAACCGAUCGGCGACGACCGCCACCAAGCCGUAUGGGUACAUCGAGGUCGUCCGGAAGCGCGACGAGCGGGCGGCGCUGCCCGGGCACGCCUGCUUGCAGUGUACCGAGUACUUUGAUGCGCUCGGCGAAGGCUUUGAGGGCCAGCGCGACCUCUGCUCCCGGCACCGCGCGCGCUUUGAACCCUACUCGACGCCCGAGGACUUUUGGCGCCUUACGUUUCCAGACUCAAUGUAA